UCACAAGGCAAUGUUUUUCUCUGGCUCGCCUUGUCUUGUCGUAAUCUUCAAAGGAAUAGUAUGUGCUAGUGCAUUUUUAUAUGGUUGUGCAUAGAAAAAUAAAAUAAGAAUCAACAUUCUGUAUGCUCUAGCUACAUAAAUAAAUAGUUGCUGCUGUAUAUUAGCUCUUGGUUCCUUGUUUUGAUAUUGUCUUCAGUAAUUCUUAGUUGACAUAGAUUUAGCCGACUAGUGAAGCGCUGGCCGUAGUUUAGCAUGGCAUGAUGAGCCAGCACUUGAAGGAGAAGACGGCUGUAGGAGUGGUGUGGGCAAUGCUACACAUACAUAACUUUACAUGGGUUUUAUAAACAGGUGUGUUUUGAUUGGAGAUUAAGGGGGAUGAGGACCCCACCCCUUGAAAAUCAGGGGGGAGUGGUUAGUUAUUAGAAAGAAAGAAUCCUAGUCAGCGUGUAACCUUACAUAACUCUUUGUAUGUCUAGCAUUUUUGGGUGUGGGCAGGGUUAGUGUGAACGGGAGACAUUGUCAAAAAGGUCAGGCGCCAAAAAGGUCAGGCGCGCAAAAACUUUUGCCGUUGCAAACAGACAACCCAAAUAGCGGCCGCCAGCUUUUCAUAUCACUGACAUCAACCACUCAUGGCUCAUUGACCCGUAGUCUUGAGAGAAAGGAAACAAGCGACGGAUCGCAUCACGCUGCGGGUGGCCCCCUCCCAAAAUAAUUCAACGUCCAGUUGCCAAACGACGAGGACGACGCGUCGCUGGUGGCCACAGUUUGUUUAUACGCAACACUCACCCAGGCCAAACCUCUCUACCUCUACCUCUACCGUACGUACGUAUGCUCUCUGCCGCGUCCAGUCCACACUCCACAAUCGCUCUGCUUGCUGCAGUACCGUCUGCCGGGGCAGCAAUGGCAAUGGCAGCACUGUCCCUCCUCCUCCUCCUUGUCUUCCUCCUCGCGUGCUCCGUCGCCACUCACGCCCUGCACGACGCAUCCGAGCCCGCUGCCGCUGCCGCUAGCGUCGCGGAUUACAACGCGCUGCUCUCCUUCAGGUCGCUCGUGAGGGGCGACCCGUCGCGGGCGCUGGCGUCAUGGACGAGCAGCGCCCACAACGAGCCCGCGCCACCGCCGUGCCAGUGGCGCGGCGUGUCCUGCGGCACGAGGGGCCGCGGCCGCGGCCGCGUCGUGGCGCUGGACCUCCCCAACCUCGGCCUCCUCGGCGCGCUCAGCCCGGCGCUGUCCAACCUCACGCACCUGAGGCGGCUCCACCUCCCCGGCAACCGCCUGCACGGCGCCCUGCCGCCGGAGCUCGGCCGCCUGCGCGAGCUCAGCCACCUCAACCUCAGCGACAACGCCAUCGGGGGCCGCCUCCCGCCGUCGCUCUCCCGGUGCAGGCGGCUCAGGACCGUCCUGCUCCACGCCAACAAGCUGCAGGGGCUCAUCCCACCGGAGCUGGUCGGCUCGCUUCGGAACCUCGAGGUGCUCGACCUCGGCCAGAACAGGCUCACAGGAGGCAUCCCUUCCGGCAUCGCCAGCCUCGUCAACCUCAGGCUGCUGGUCCUAGAGUUCAACAACCUGACAGGCGAGAUCCCGUGGCAGGUCGGCAGCCUCGCCAACCUCGUCGGCCUCGCCCUUGCGUCCAACCAGCUCUCAGGCUCCAUCCCCGCCUCGCUGGGGAACCUCUCGGCGCUGACCGCCCUCACCGCCUUUUCGAACCGGCUGUCGGGGAGCAUGCCCUCCACAUUACAGGGCCUGUCAUCCCUCACCACGCUCCAUCUGGAAGACAACAGCCUCGGAGGAACCAUACCUUCCUGGCUAGGGAACCUCUUGUCGCUGGCAUCCUUAAACCUCCAGAGCAAUGGCUUUGUGGGGCGCAUCCCGGAGUCCAUAGGGAACCUCCGGUUGCUUACCGCCGUUUCGUUCUCGGAGAACAAGCUUGUCGGCAAGAUACCUGACGCCAUCGGGAACCUCCAUGCCCUCGCUGAGCUUUACCUGGACAACAAUGAGCUACAAGGCCCUCUGCCACCCUCAGUCUUCAACCUCUCCUCCCUUGAGAUGCUCAACAUCCAACACAACAACCUCACCGGGGGAUUUCCGCCCGACAUCGGGAACACGAUGACGAGCCUCCAGUACUUUCUUGUGUCUGAUAACCAGUUUCAUGGUGUGAUCCCUCCAUCCUUGUGCAAUGCCUCCAUGCUUCAGAUGGUUCAGACGGUAAACAACUUCCUGUCGGGAACGAUCCCGCAGUGCCUGGGGGCUCGCCAGGAGAUGCUGUCGGUGGUGAACUUUGCGUGGAAUCAGCUUGAAGCAACCAACGAUGCUGAAUGGGGCUUCCUUACGGCUCUGACCAACUGCAGCAAUAUGAUAUUGGUGGAUGUUAGUGAAAACAAGCUCCAAGGCAUGCUACCGAAAUCAAUCGGCAAUUUGUCGACACAGAUGGAAUUUCUUGGCAUUGCAUACAACAGCAUAUCAGGAACGAUAACUGAAGCGAUAGGGAACUUCAUCAACUUGGAUGAACUUGACAUGGAGAAUAAUCUUCUCGAGGGCACCAUCCCAGCAUCUCUCGGCAAGCUUACGAAGUUGAAUCGGUUGUCUCUGUCAAAUAACAACUUGUCAGGAUCCAUCCCAGUGGCUGUUGGAAAUCUUACAAAGCUUACAACCCUUCUGCUUAGUACCAAUGCGCUCAGUGGUGCCAUACCUUCUGCUCUCAGCAACUGUCCUUUAGAGCAGCUGGAUCUUUCUUACAACAAUCUUUCCGGCCCAACGCCUAAGGAGUUUUUCCUCAUCUCAAGCUUGUCGAGUACCAUGUAUCUUGCACAUAAUUCACUGACUGGGACUUUGCCUUCAGAAGUGGGAAAUCUCAGGAAUCUAGGUGAGCUUGAUCUCUCUGACAAUAUGAUUUCAGGAAAGAUUCCUACCAAUAUUGGGGAGUGUCGAAGCUUACAGUACCUCAAUUUAUCUGGGAACAAUCUCGACGGGACGAUUCCGCUGUCACUAGGACAGUUAAGGGGUCUCCUAGUGCUCGAUCUUUCUCAGAAUAAUUUAUCUGGGAGCAUUCCUGAGUUCCUCGGUACAAUGACAGGUCUUGCUAGUUUAAAUCUCUCUUCCAAUGAUUUUGAAGGUGAAGUUCCGAAGGACGGAAUAUUCCUCAAUGCAACGGCAACCUCGGUCAUGGGAAACAAUGCUCUGUGUGGUGGGAUCCCUCAACUGAACUUGAAAAUGUGCUCCAGUCCCACUAAAAGGAAAAUAUCUUCAAAGCAUCUCAUGAUUAUCGCAGCAGGCGCUGUAAUUACGUUGGUCAUACUAUCUGCAGUGUUCGUGUUAUGUAAAAGAAGCAAGCUUAGAAGAUCAAAGCCACAGAUAACUCUCCCCACUGACAAAUACAUCAGAGUUUCUUAUGCUGAAUUGGCCAAGGCAACAGAUGGUUUCACAUCCGAGAACCUCAUCGGGGUGGGCAGCUUUGGUGCAGUGUACAAGGGAAGAAUGGAAAUCUCUGGCCAACAAGUGGUGGUGGCAGUGAAGGUACUCAACCUGCAGCAUGCUGGCGCAUCCCGAAGUUUCGAUGCGGAAUGUGAGGCUUUGAGAUGUAUUCGCCACCGGAACCUUGUGAAGGUUAUAACAGUGUGCUCAAGUAUUGACUCCCGAGGUGGCAACUUCAAGGCUCUUGUGUUUGAGUUUCUGCCAAAUGGAAAUCUAGACCAGUGGCUGCACAAACAUCUCGAGGAAGACGGCGAACCCAAGAUUCUAGAUCUCAUUCAGAGAACCGAGAUUGCCAUGCACGUGGCUUCUGCGCUUGACUAUUUACAUCACCAGAAGCCGUUUCCAAUUGUCCACUGCGACCUCAAACCAAGCAAUAUUCUCCUCGACAACAACAUGGUUGCCCAUGUCGGUGAUUUUGGGCUUGCAAGGUUCCUACAUGAUGGACAUAAUGACAUGUCAGAGACAUCGACUAGUCGGAACGUAAUAAGAGGAACGAUCGGUUAUGUUGCUCCAGAAUAUGGACUUGGCCAUGAAGCUUCAGUCCAUGGUGAUGUCUACAGCUACGGUAUACUGCUGCUCGAGAUGUUCACCGGAAAAAGACCCACAAGCUCUGAAUUCGGAGAAGUGCUCGGCCUUCAUAAGCACGUGCAAAUGGCACUGCCAGACCAAGCGGCUUUUGUCAUUGACCAAGAACUAUUAAAAGCAGGAAGUAAUGGCAAAGGAACAGAAGGGGGAUAUCAUAACAGUGAAGACAUGAGAAUUAGUUGCAUCGUCUCGAUUCUGCAGGUUGGAAUUUCAUGCUCCACGGAGACGCCAACUGAACGCAUUCAAAUUGGAGAUGCAUUAAGAGAGUUGCAGAUAAUCAGAGAUAAGUUUUACGCACAUUAGUGAUCUCCUUGGUGAAUUGGCAAAAUAUAGCGAAGGCACACUGAAGCAUGCUUGUGAGGAUCAUGUAAUGGCAAAGGAACUGAAGAAACUUAACUUACAACUAAGCAGCACGCACUUGGGUGCGGUGUCAGUUUCACUGUCUCAGGUAGAGAUGGAUCUGAAGGAUGCGGAUGGACCCAUUUUUCCAUUUCUUCUUCCUUUUUCUUUAGUUCCGGUCUUAAACCGACUCACUCCUUAUUUGUUGCCUUUUCCUAUUCUAUAUGAAAUUGCAGGAGCAUCCUGACAUGUGCCGAGGUACCAUCAAAAUAUUUUUGCAGCUUGUA